AUGGGAGGAGUAUGCAUAAGUUCCAAGUCUAACCCUAUUAUAGCUAAUACUACAAAGAAUGAAAUAAAGUUAAAACCACCAAUUCCUUCUCGUCAUUCAAAUACAGAUAAACCUUGGUUUGAUAUUCAAUAUCAUGACAAAGAUUGUACAAGAAUUAUGAAGCCUAAUGAAAUAAAAUCUAUGAUGUUAAAGCCACCAAAUGCUGUUAAUAAAACUGACUUAAAUCGUAUUCUAGGGUCUCUAAUAGGAUUAGCCUUGGGUGAUGCUCUUGGCGCUCAUGUAGAAUUCCGUCCGUAUCAAUAUCUAUGUGAACAUCCUGUUAGUGAUCUACAAGAAGGUGGGACAUGGGGUCUCGUUAAAGGACAGUUCACCGAUGACACUUCGAUGGCUCUGUGUUUGGCAACUUCACUAGUUGUUUGCCGUGAUUUUCAAGCAUAUGAUCAAUUAGUUCGUUAUAAAUGGUGGUAUAGACAUGGUUAUAUGUCAUCUACGGGUGAAUGUUUUGACAUUGGUGCUGCAACGAGGCAAUCAGUACUUGAAUUUGAAGAACGUCAAAAAAAAUUUAGCAUGAAACAUAACAUUCCUUAUCGAGACAUGGAUUUUCUUGAUGAUCAAAGUAUCUUAAGUCAGUUUAAUGUAUAUUGUAGUGAUCCUGGAGCUGCUGGUAAUGGAGGUCUUAUGCGUCUUACACCUGUACCACUCUUUUUUCAUAAAGAUCCAGCUAAAGCCGUCGAAUACUCAGGUAUUAGUGGUAAAAUAACUCAUGGAGAUAAAAGAGUUUAUGAUGCAUGUCGUUUUUAUGGAUCACUUAUCGUAGCUGCUCUUCUUGGUGAACCAAAAACGGCGUUAUUAGAUAAGCAUUUUUACCAAAAGCAUAUAUCAUGGUUUGGUAGUGAGCCACUUCACGAAGAUAUUAAGAAAAUUGCUGAAGGGUCCUACCAUAAUAAGAAGAAAGGUUAUGUAGAUGGAAUUCGAGGAAAAGGUUUUGUUGUUGAUAGUCUUGAAGCUGCUUUAUGGGCUUUUUCCAUUGAUGAGGGCAAAUUCGAAACAGGUGCUUUAGCUGCAGUUAAUCUGGGUGAUGAUACUGAUACAACAGCAGCUAUUUAUGGUCAACUAGCUGGCGCUUACUAUGGUUACGACAAAUUACCUAAGAAAUGGGUUGAUCAAGUCUAUGCUAAAGAAUUUAUUACAUGUUUAAGUGAAUGGAUUGUUUAUGAAGGAGAUAACUGGUUUCAAAACAAUUCAUCUUCGGAUACUCGUUUGUGA